AUGUCCGGCUGGGGGUUGGGAGGAUGGUUUGGCGGCAACUCGGCCGCCAAGAAAGAUGCCCCGAAGAAGGCCAUUCUGCAGCUGAGGAGCACCCUCGAGAUGCUGAACAAGCGCGAGAAGCACUUGCAGAACCAGAUGGAUGAGGAGGAUCAGAAGGCCAGGAAGUUUAUCAACACAAACAAGACUGCCGCCAAGAACGCCCUGCGAAAGAAGAAGCAACUUGAGACGACCUUGGAACAAACAUCCGCCCAGAUCAUGAACCUCGAGGGUCAAAUCGCCAGCAUAGAGACAGCAAACAUCAACAAGGAGACACUGGACGCGCUGGGCAAUGCCUCCAAGGCUAUGAAGACCAUCCACGGUGGUCUGACAAUCGACAAGGUCGAUGCUACCAUGGAAGACCUCGAAGAGCAACACGCCAUCAGCAAGGAGAUUGCCAGCGCUCUCACCCAAGGCUCUACCGCAAAUGCUGUCGACGAUGACGAGCUCGAAUCAGAGCUCGCUGACCUUCAACAAGAAGAGCUGGACAACACCAUGCUCAAGACUGGUACCGUGCCUGUACACGACCAGGUUCACCGCAUGCCCAGCGUCAACAAUACCGAACGUGAGUCUACCUUAACACUUGCAAUAUCGCCAUGCCCGAAUACUGACUGUUCGCAGNCGAGAGGCAAGGCACCUGCUCAAGAAGAGGAAGACGACGAAGAGGCCGAGCUCCGGAGACUACAAGCUGAGAUGGCCAUGUAG